AUGAGGAAGCUGUCCUUCCCUCCCUCCAUCUGUACAGACAAAUACAUGGAGGAUUACUCCGCCUUUUUGACUGUGUGGGGCGGCACAGUCAUGAUGGCGGAAAAUGCCAUUUCGAAGGCUUCCCGGGCAAAGGCCUUCGUCAAGUUUAUGAUGGUGGGCUGGACGGAGGUCAGGUACUGGACCUGGGAGUUCCUGGAGAACCUCCAGCUGAUAAAGUUAUACCCGGUUUUACUCAAAAAGUUCGGGCUGGCCCCCUCCACCAUCUCCCUCUACGUCGGCCACGCCCUAUGCUUCGUCGAGUAUUUUUUCGACACCCCCCCUCACCACUGCCGGCUGCCAAAGGGCAAACUUAAACAAGUCCAGAGGGAGCUGAAAAAGGUGCUGAGGAUGGCGGGUCGCACCGUCCUGGGUCGCCAGGUGGAGGUGAAGCAGCAGAAGCAGCAGCGGCUGGUGACCCGGGAAGCCCUGGCGACCUGCCAGUCCUUGGCCCGGGCCAAGAUCCCCGAGCUCCUGGACGACAUUGAGAAGGCCCCUCCCCGGCACCCACCAACGAGGUACCGCUUCUUCGGGUACCUCGGGGCCUACAUUGCGGCCAUAUAUGGCCACAGAACCGGGGUCCUCACCUGCAUGAGGGUGAAGGAGGUGAAGGAGGCCCUCGGGGAUGACGCCACAGGCUACCUCAUCAAUGUCAGAGACCACAAGACCCUGCGCAGGUUUGGCCUGGCCCAGAUAUACCUGGAUGGGGAGGAGUACGGGUGGUGUAGGCGGUGGCUUGACCUCAGGAGGAGGUGCGUGGCCACCAACCCCUACUUCUUUUCCUCGGCCAGGCCAAAGACAUGGUGA